CUAGUGGUCUAGCCGGUGUAGCAGCCACCGUACCGUAUAGUCUAUGGUAUAGUCUUGCGCAGGUCUAGAGCGACACAACUUUUAACAAGCAGUCUAGCGUAACGCCUUAGCGUUGCUAAUAGCUCCGAAUCUCUUAUAACCGUCACUUGCGGCGCAACGAGCUGCCAGUCAACAUGGCAGCCUCCCUCGAGAGCAUUUUGUUGCGCUUGUUGGUCCCUGACAAUGCUGUGAUUGCUCAGGCAACUCAGGAGCUCAAGGAAGCAUACAGAGAUUCUAACAUUGUGCAACACCUCUGCCAUGCACUUUGCAUGUCUGAGAAUGUUCAGGUACGGCAAUACUCAGCAGUGCUUCUGCGGAAGAAGUUGUACCGCCUAAGAGGCUGGAAGAAACUAUCAUUAGAGACACAAAAUGGGUUGAAAAGUGGCCUUCUCCAAAGACUUACUACUGAACGAGAAAAGCCAGUUGUCCUGGCAGUUUGUCAGCUGGUGGCAGUCAUAGCCAAGCACGAAUGCCAAAGGAGACCAUGGACAGAGCUACAACAGCUCUUGAGUGCACUCAUGCACAGCAAGAACAUAGACGAAUGCACGCUGGGCUUCCACAUGGCUAGUGUCAUUUCUUCUGUGUCACCAGAAGUAUUCUCAAAUCACUUUAAGCCACUUUUCAAGUUGUUUGGUGAUUGCUUCCAAAGCUGUGGGGAUGACCAGAUCUGUUUCUAUGUGAUCAAGUCUAUGACGGCCUUAGUGAGCUCCAUUGGCACUGAUGAUGCUAACUGUUUCCAAGUGCUAAUCCCCUGUGUCAUGGAAGUUAUCCGAAGACUAGCAAAUUCAAGUGAGGACAAGGCAGUAGAAGCAUUGGAGCUUUUUGAUGAACUGAUUGACUCUGAGAUUGCCAUCCUUCUGCCUCAUAUUAGGCCACUGAUCAAGCUGUGCCUGGAGGUUGCUGGUGACUCGAGGAAAGGAGAUGUUCUACGCGUUCGAGCCAUGUCCGUUUUAAGCUGGAUGAUCAACGUCAAGAAAAAGGCAGUUGUGAAGCACAAACUGAUUCCUGAGUUGCUGGAUGUGCUCUUCCCCAUUAUGGAGGAAGUGUCAGCUGGUGACCUUGACCAUGUUGAAGACGAAGAGGAAGAUGAGCACUCCUGCCAGUCUCCAUCUGCCUGCGCUGCCCAGCUCAUUGACACCAUGGCUCUCCACCUUCCUCCAGAAAAGUUGCUGCCUCCUCUGUUUCAGCAUGUUGACAAGUAUGUGAAAAGUGAAAAGGCCUCCCAAAGACGGGCUGCCUAUCUUGCCAUUGCUGUGAUUGCCGAGGGGUGCUCAGAAGCCAUUCGACAAAAGCAUCUGCCAGCAUUUGUCCAAGCCAUCUGUGAAGGUGUCCUGGACAAGGACGUUCAUGUUCGGAACGCUGCUCUCUUUGCAUUAGGCCAGUUUGCUGACUUUCUGCAGCCAGACAUGGGGAAGUAUGCCAAUCAGGUGAUGCCCAUCCUCCUGAACCACUUGGGUCAAACAGCAGAGGUGAUGGCUCAGACGCAGAAAGACCCACCAAACCUCAGCAAGACCUUCUAUGCACUGGAGACCUUCUGUGAAAACUUAGAGGGAGAGCUUGUGUCCUACUUGCCAGAUGUCAUGCGGCAAGUCCUCCUCUUCCUGACAGCGCCAUCAUACCGAGCUAAGGAGCUGGCCAUUAGUGCCAUUGGCUCUGCUGCCAAUGCUACAAAAGAGGCAAUGCUACCAUACUUCCCUCAGAUCAUAGGUGACCUCAAGCAAUAUCUAACGGAAAACCAGUCGGAGCAGAAUGCCACUCUCCGAACUCAAGCUGUCGACACGUUGGGCUGUUUGGCUAGGACUAUUGGAGCUUCCAAUUUUUUGCCAAUGGCUCCAGAGUGUGUGCAACUUGGGUUACACCUGAUCAAUGCAGUUGAUGAUCCUGAUUUACGCAGAAGCACGUAUGGAAUGUUUGCAUCUGUGUCUUCGGUGCUGAAAGCCGACAUGACACAGUAUUUGGAACCUAUCCUGGAUCACAUGUUUACUUCCUUGCAGUCAACUGAAGGUGUUGUGACACAGCCUGGAGACACUUGUGGCUCUAGCGUCCAACUCUUUGAUGACCUUGAAGAGAGUGACGAUGAGGCUGCUGAAUUAGACACUGACAGUGCAGGAGAUGCUUUUGAUGAUGAUGACAGUGAAGAUGAUAAUGAGCAAAGCUGCACUGUUGCAAAUGCCUACCUGGAAGAGAAGGAAGACACGUGCGUGGCCCUCGCAGAGAUGGCUGAGAACAUUGGACCAGCUUUUGCACCAUAUCUGGAAAAGUGCUUCACUGAAGUAUACCAGAUGGCUGAUUACCCAGCUCCGGAUGUUCAGAAAGCAGCACUUUCCUGUCUGGGUCAGCUGACGGUGGUGCUGUUCAAGAGUGCCACUGAAGCUGGUGAUGGCAACUCUGCAAGCAUUUCUGAUGCAUCUAAAGCAGCAAGCAUGCUUAUUUCUAAGCUUGUGGAAGUUGGGCAUAUUGAACGAGAACGAGAGGUUGUCCUUGCAGCCCUGGAGACAUUGGCUCUUCUUAUUAAUGAACUCAAAAGUGCAGCAUUUGAAAGUGAUGAGCAAAUGUGUCUUGUUGUCGACUUAGUAAAGUCUGCCUUCAAUAACGAGCUUAAAUCACAGUGUGCAGACAGUGAGAUAGAAGAUGCAGAUGAACACGAUGAGGCUGAGUAUGAUGGUUUGCUCAUCCAAAUGGCUGGAGACUUGGUUCCUGCGAUGGCUAAGGCACUACCACCUGAGCGGUUUGGUCCUUACAUGGCAGGGCUGCUACCUCUGUUCAUGGGCAAAUUGAAAAAGCAAAGCAGCACAACAGACAAAUCAUAUGCUGUUGGCACUCUAGCCGAAGUGGCCCAAGGCUUAGGCCAAGAAGGCAUUGGCCCAUUUUGCCGCCCACUACUACAGGUUUUCCUUAAUGGAAUGCGUGACCAAGAUGGUGAAGUGCGCAGUAAUGCUGUUUUUGGACUUGGUGUACUCAUCCGCAGUGCACCCAACAUCCUUCAGCCUGAGUAUCCAGCAUUGCUGGAAGCUCUCUCCACGAUGCUUGCACGUGAGGACAACAGGCAUGCCAAGGACAACAUAUGUGGUGCAGUUGCCAAGCUUAUUUUGGUUGGUGUCAAUGUUGUGCCCCUGGCACAGGUUUUUCCAGUGCUGCUUCAGCAACUUCCUUUGCAGGAAGACUUUGAAGAGAAUGCGAGCAUCUUCCAGUGCAUCUGCUACCUCUAUGGACUCGGACAUGAGGAGUUCAUCAAAAAUCUUCCUUCCAUUGUUCGUAUCAUCCUACAAGUCAUCCGCACUGACCAAGUCACUGAAGAAACAAAGAUCAACUUGCUUCAUUUGCUCAAGUCUGUGAGUCUGGGCAUCCCACAAGAAAUUCAGGCCAUCCUGCAGGCAUGCACACCUGAAGAGCAAGAAACGUUUAACGCUGUAUUAAAAGAUUGUUAAUUUAAAGAUCCCGAAGUCAUAGAUAUAUUAAUAGAGCAUUUCAAGUAAAUCAAUGAAUUCCGAA